AUGCCCUCCCCAGAAGUGACCCAACCGGGGCAGCUCGCGACUGACGCACACGCCGAGACGGUUCAAGAGAGUUCUGCCGAAGUCAGCAACGCCAACGGUGACAUGAGCGAAUCUCCUACAGACCAGCGCGCGAAUGGAUCGGAUACAAUUGCGGAUGUGAAACAGAACGCGAAAGCCGUCUUAGCGGCAUCUGGUGUGCCGUUACCCUCGGCCGAAUCAAGUCGUGACGCGUCGAACGGGGAGAAUGGUCUUGCUUCGAGCAAGAAGCGGUCGCGCGACGGCUCCAUGAUCCAAAAAGCGUCUGAGGCGUUGGCGGUGCGCGUGCGCGAGACCCCAACGGAGAAGAUACUGCUCGAAGAGUAUGUCAACCGUGAAUUCGAACACUCCGCGUUGGUAGCGUGGCAGAAUCCCGCGCAAGAACUGCAGCAACAAAAACGCGCGGAGAGGGACUUUUAUCUCACGCUACGGCGUGAAAACCACAUGAACCCCGCUGCUUUGUACGGCGUAGGCUACGAAGGUUUCGGCAAUGCUCGUACGGAUUUACGCGGUCAACACCCCCAGUUGUUGUAUCCGUCCAAUCGACGUCGACCAGGAAACCGGCGGACACGCGAGCUUCGAGUAUCACGGAAAGACCUCAAGAUGCAGAAUGAACAGAUCGAAGACCUCGUACCGAUCCGGCUCGACAUUGACUGGGAAAAGAUCAAAAUCCGAGACACCUUCACCUGGAAUCUCCAUGAUCGCGUAGUCUCCCCGGACCUGUUCGCCGAGAAGUUCGUGGAGGAUCUGGGGCUCCCUCUCGAGUCGUGCGUGCCACUGAUACGUAUGGUUUCGCAAAGCAUCCAGGAACAACUCUGCGACUACUACCCCCAACUCUACAUUGAAGAAGACGCCCUUGACCCUCACCUCCCUUACAGCGCGUACAAGAACGACGAGAUGCGCAUCCUCGUCAAGUUGAAUAUUACCAUUGGCCAACAUACACUCAUCGACCAAUUCGAAUGGGAUAUCAACGACCCCCACAAUUCGCCCGAACAGUUUGCUGCCCGCAUGACGGACGACCUUUCGCUCUCGGGCGAAUUCACAACCGCCAUUGCGCACUCCAUUCGCGAACAGUCGCAGCUGUUCACAAAAUCCCUCUAUAUCCUCUCCCACUCCUUCGAUGGUCGGCCGAUUGACGAUCCCGACAUGAAAUCCUCCUUCCUACCCACGCCUCUUCCCUCCCCCUUCAGACCCUUCCAGGCCGCAAAGGAAUUCACACCAUAUCUUUAUGAACUGAACGAAGCCGAGCUGGAACGGACUGAGGUAUCGAUAUCGAGAGACCAGCGCCGACAGAAGCGGUCUGUCAACCGCCGUGGUGGUCCAGCGUUACCGGACCUGAAAGACCGACAACGGACCAUUCGUACGAUGAUCGUCUCGUCUGUCAUUCCCAACUGCGCCGAGUCCGUAGAAGAGAGCAAUCUGUUCAAACGGGUCUGGCUCCAGCCGCCACAGGCGUGCGGCCGUUGGGCUUUCGUGAUGGUGGUGACGAUUUCGGAUGAAUCCGAUAGCGACGAAUCCUCCAUCACGGCGUCUCCGGCGAUCGGGCCUCAUCUGGCUUCAAGAACCGCUGUCGAGGAGCAGGAGAAGUUAAUCGUGAAGCUCAGAAUCUCCCCCCAGAAGUUCCGUCAGUACUUAGCCCACGGUCUUCAGUCCGUAUCAAUCGGCGCCAAAACCACGCCUGGAAAUCAACCUCCUUCGCAACAGAGCACGCCUCAUACUGGCACCCCAACUCAGAAUCCCAUGGCACCCCCCUCCAAUAUCCAGCCGCAAGUCCGUGUGCCCAGUGUCGGCGCUCCAUCCCAGAAACCAGUUCCUACACCACAGAUUGGCGCCAUCGAUGCACCACAGCCCCCAACGCCAGGUGUCCCUCCGCCGCAACCCCCAAGUUGGGUCCAGGCCGGACUCGCACGGCUGAAGCAGUCGUACCCCAACGAUUCCUUCGAGGGCGUGAUGCGAUACACUGCUGUUGACACCGAGACCAUGAUGCCAGUCGCUGGCUCGACUUCCCCGCCGGGUGCUAAGCUCAAAUAUCAAUAUCUCCCGCGCAUCCGGUGCCAUGACUGUCCGGGGAAGCUUUACACUCCGGGACCCGGUACGACGGUCGAAAAUUUCGAGGUCCACCUCCGCAACCGACAACAUAAGGAGCGUGUGGAGGAGAGACUCCGGAAUGGUCACGCUGGCGGUAAUGGACCAUAG